UCCUACAACAAUACUUUCAUGUGUUGUUUCAUCACUUGAACUUUCCAUUUCUCUGUUUCAUUUUCCUACUAUACUUUCGUGUGUGGUUUCAUCACUUAAACUUUCCAUUUCUCUGUUUCAUUCACAUUUUGAUUUCUUCUUACUGUUGUUUUAGUAACAAUUAAUGAUAUAAAGUCUGGGUUUUGAAUGAUUUCUUGUGUCUUUGAGGUAAAGAGUACUAGUUUUUGCAAUCUGAGUAGCAUUUGCCAAUCUUCUUGAUUUUGUGUGAUUUUUCCUGUUUUGUUUCAUUGAGAUUUCUUGAUAAAAUCUCAAAAUCAUGUAAAUAAAGGUCUUAUUUAGUGAGCGAGUGUAUUUUCAUUUUGUGAAAUUAGAUUUCUGUGAAGUAUAAUCUGAUCAUGUAAAUUAUCUAGAUUUUUAGACUUUUGUUCUCUAUUCCCUUAUAGGGGCAAUUUUUUUCUCCUGGUUUUAAUACAAACCCAGUAAAUCAAGAAACCCUCAAAUUGUGUGAUUAUACAAACAACGAAUCCAUGGAGGAGACCUUUGUUCCUUUUCAAGGAAUCAAGAAUGACAUUAAAGGAAGGCUGAAAUGCUACAAGCAAGAUUGGACUAGUGGCUUCAGUGCUGGUCUAAGAAUUUUGGCUCCUACAACAUACAUAUUUUUUGCUUCAGCGAUACCGGUUAUCUCAUUCGGCGAACAAUUGGACAGGAGCACUGAUGGAGUUGUGACUGCAAGUCAAACAUUAGCCUCGACAGCACUUUGUGGGAUCAUACAUUCACUAAUAGGAGGGCAGCCCUUGCUGAUUCUUGGUGUUGCUGAGCCCACCGUACUUAUGUACACUUUCAUGUUCAAUUUUGUUAAAGAUAGACCUGAAUUGGGACCAAAGCUAUUUCUUGCAUGGACUGCAUGGGUAUGUGCAUGGACUGCAGCCUUGCUAGUCUUACUGGCCAUCUCGGGGGCUUGCUCCAUCAUCAAUAGGUUUACUCGUGUGGCUGGAGAACUUUUUGGUCUGCUUAUUGCAAUGCUCUUUAUGCAGGAAGCAAUUAGAGGGAUUAUUGAUGAAUUUCGCAUUCCAAGUAGAGAAAAUCCAAACCUGCCAGAGUUCAGUCCAUCAUGGAGAUUUUCAAAUGGGAUGUUUGCGUUAGUUAUGUCGUUUGGUUUGCUACUCACAGGAUUGAAAAGUCGAAAAGCACGAUCAUGGAGAUAUGGCCCUGGGUGGAUUCGAGGUAUCGUUGCAGACUAUGGUGUGCCAUUGAUGGUUCUUGUUUGGACAGCUGUUUCAUAUAUCCCAUCCAAAAGUGUUCCGCAUGGUAUUCCUAGACGUCUCUUCAGCCCAAAUCCGUGGUCGCCUGGUGCCUACGCGAACUGGACAGUCGCCAAGGACAUGCUAAACGUGCCUAUCCUUUACAUAUUUGGAGCAUUUAUCCCAGCAACAAUGAUUGCAGUGCUUUAUUAUUUUGACCAUAGUGUAGCUUCUCAACUUGCACAGCAAAGAGAGUUCAAUUUGAGAAAACCAUCUUCUUUCCAUUACGAUUUACUUCUUUUAGGAUUCCUGACUCUAUUAUGUGGUCUUCUUGGUAUCCCGCCGUCAAAUGGUGUCAUCCCACAGUCUCCAAUGCAUACAAAGAGUCUUGCCACUCUCAAACACCAGUUGCUUCGUGACAAACUAGUGCACACGGCAAAGAAAAGUAUGGAGGAUAGUGCAAGUUUGGGAGAAGUCUACGGAAAUAUGCAAGAAGCUUAUCAACAGAUGCAAACUCCAUUAAUCUACCAAGAACCAUCAGAUCGAAAAGGAUUAAAGGAAUUAAAAGGGACAACUAUCCAGUUAGCUUCUUCACUGGGAAAUAUUGACGCGCCGGUUGAUGAGACGGUAUUUGAUGUUGAGAAAGAGAUUGAUGAUUUGUUACCCAUUGAGGUCAAAGAACAACGGGUUAGUAACUUGCUUCAAUCGACAAUGGUGGGAGGCUGUGUUGCAGCCAUGCCUAUACUUAAAAUGAUCCCAACCUCUGUACUUUGGGGUUAUUUCGCCUUUAUGGCCAUUGAGAGCUUACCAGGAAACCAGUUCUGGGAGAGAUUCUUAUUAACCUUCACUGCUCCAAGUAGAAGAUACAAGGUUCUUGAGGAGUACCAUGCCACUUUUAUAGAAACUGUUCCUUUCAAAACAAUUUUGACUUUCACAUUAUUUCAGACAACUUACUUACUAAUUUGUUUCGGAAUUACAUGGAUUCCAAUAGCUGGGUUGCUAUUCCCUUUAAUGAUCAUGCUAUUGGUUCCUGUAAGACAAUACAUACUCCCCAAAUUUUUUAAAGGGGUACACCUUCAAGAUUUAGAUGCAGCAGAAUACGAAGAAGCACCCGCUUUACCGUUCAACAUCUCAAGUGAGGGGCCGAAGGUUUCUAGAGCUCCUUUCGCAGACGAUGCAGAGAUUAUUGAUGAGAUGCUUACGCGAAGCCGUGGUGAAGUUCGUCGCAUGUACAGUCCUAAAAUAACAAGUUCCAGCACAACGCCAAGAGACCCGAGAAUCUUUCGGAGCCAAAGCUUUAUGGAGAAAUCGCACACUAGUCCUCGCGUGUAUGAACUAGGAACCUCUAGUUUUGGUGGAAGAGUGCCGGUUAGUCCGAGAGAUGUAGAAGUGAAACCAUCUAAAUUGGGACAAAACCCAACUGUGUAAAGGAAAAUUUUCUUGUACCUGUGUGUGCCUGUGUGGUUUCUACAUUAGCCUCUUCUUGUUUGUGUGUCUUCGUGAUGUUGGGGUUUGGCUAAAGUUUGUUGUAAAAUUUUCUUUCUGUACGUGUUUACUCUUAC